GUCCUCUCGGCCGGUCGCUCUUCUGUGAUCUUUCACUCAACCUUUCAAAGCUCCCUUUUGCCAUUUAAGGCUGAGGAAGCCUCUCCACCCUUACUGUGUGUGCAUCUAGAUGGCUGCAAAGUGAGUAAUUUUUUGCUUUGAGUUGUUUUUCUUUUUCUUUUUCAACUACAAGUGCCUGAGCAUGUGCGCUCACCUCACAAACAAAACUACAAAAGGCAGGCGGGAAGGAGGAAGGGAGGGGGAGAGAGAGAAAGCCAACAGGUUGAUCUGGAUUACAUCAACAGUCACACCCUCCUUACUUUAUGAACAUAGCAGAACAGGUGUUUGUAAUUCAUUAGCUAAACUGAGCUCAGCACAGAGAGGAAUUGAAAUCUACGCUGCUCCCCGGUGUGCUUCUUCUCUUUUGCAGUAGUACCUAGAAGGGCUUGUGCUUCAUCCGGCCUCCUUGUAGCCACAAUGACUAGCCACUUGAGGGACUUCCGGAGCCGUAGCAACAGCAGCUCCUUCGCUUCGCCAGGAGGCUCUUUUAGCAUGCGGAGAGAGCGUUCGUGCUCCCCUUCUUCAAGGUACGGGGCCUGCAGCAGCCCCACCAUGGGUGUGAGCACCAGCAGAAACAAUUUCAGCUCUUCGAGCCUCACCGGACACAGCCGCUGCUCUUACCCAAAGGUUUCGGUCAACAAACGGCUCCUGACUCCGCUACACCUGGAUAUAGAUCCCUCCUUGCAGGAGAUCAAGACCAAGGAGAAAGAUGAGAUCAGGACACUCAAUAACCAAUUCGCCGCCUUAAUUGGAAAGGUCCAGAGCCUAGAACAGCACAACCAAGUCCUUCUCACGAGAUGGAACUUUCUGAAAGAACAAGACAACUCCCUUUCUGAGUUGGAUAUCAAACUCCUCUAUGACCAGUACAUGAACAGGCUGAACCUAGAGGUUCGAUCAAUUGAUGCAGAAAAAGAACAGCUGGAUUCAGAACUUGAUGAAGUGCUAGAUGCCAUGGAUGCCUUCCGCAACAAAUAUGAGGAAGAAAUAAACAAACGCACUGGGAUGGAAUUCACCUUCAUGACACUCAAAAAGGAUCUGGACAAUGGCUUCCUGCACAAAACUGAACUUGAAGCAAAACUGAGUGGACUUCUUGCUGUAGCAGAAUUGAUGAAAAAUAUCUAUGAACAGGAACUUGAUGAGGUGAUGUCACAAAUCAAGGACAUCUCUGUCGUGGUGGGAAUUGAUAACAACCGAUACAACCCUGACCCUCACCGGAUCGUGGAGGAUGUGAGAGCUCAGUAUGAAGAUAUGGCUAUCAGGAGCUGGGAAGAAUUAGAGGCACUCACACGAAGCAAGCUGAAUGAAAGAGAAGUGCUGUCUGCUAAGUAUGGUGACCAUCUCCUUAAGGACCGGAGGGUGAUUGCUGAGUUAAACAUACAGAUCCAGAAAAUGAGGUCCUGCAUUGUGUCCUUGAAAAGCCAAUGCCUACGUCUCGAGGAAAACAUCAAAGAGGUUGGGACACAAGGUGAAUCUGCACUCAAUGAUGCCAAGGCCAAACUGGCUAAGUUGGAGGAGGCUCUUCACAAUGCCAGGCAGGACUUGGCUCAGCUUGUCAAGGAGUAUCAAGAGCUGAUGAAUAUCAAACUGGCCCUGGACAUAGAGAUUCUUACCUACCGGAAGCUGAUGGAAGGGGAAGAAAUCAGCAUGGAGUCCCCACAGCCCGCUGUCAUUAGCAGAAUCUACUCCAUGCCAAAGUUCUCUUCAUCAAACACCAAUAUCACAACAACCUCAAAUGCAGCAAGCGUAGCAAAAGAAGUUUCAACAGAUAACAUGAACCGUAGCAGAAGCAGUUUGGAAAGUGGACUUUCCAGAAGUCACAGUGGUGGAAGCAGAGGGUUUUCGAACGAUGAUUUCUCUAGAAGCCAUAGCAAUAGAAGUGCAGGCCCUUCAGAGGGUAUCUCAGAGGCUUCAAGAAGUCACAGCAGUAUCCGCAAAGGUACCUUGGAGAGUAGUAGUACUACUAGAAGCAGUAGCAGAAGUGGAAAUUUUGCAGACAUUGAGGACACCAUGGAUAGCAAUGUUUCUAGAAGUCAGGGUCAUGGAAGUGGGAGUUAUAGAAGCCACAGUAUCAGGAGUGGAGAUAACCUAGAAGGCAGUCUCUCUAGAAGCCAAAGCAACAGAAGUGUUGGUUUGACUGACAGUGUAUUUGCUAGAACCAACAGUGGCGCAAGUGAAGGUGUCCAAGAGGGCAACUAUUCUAGAAGUCAAAGCAGCAGAAGUGGAGACUUAGCAGAUAAAGUUUUUGCUAGAACUCAUAGUGGUGAGAGUGAAGGUGUCUCAGGGGACAGCCUUUCUAGAAGCGAUAGUGGUACCAGUGCAUCCUAUGUGGAAGGUGGCCUUUCUAGAAGCCAAAGCAAUGAAAAUGAAAUCCAUGGAAACCAUGGAAGUGAAGCAUGUGUUGAGCCUAGUGUUUACAGAAUGAACAGUGCUGAAGACGGUGGGGUCCCAGUGGGUGGCAUAUCUAGAAGCAAUAGCGGAGCAAGCAGCUAUGCCUCAGGUGGUAGCCAUUCUAGAAUCCAGAAUGAAAGUAGCCAUGGAAAUGAAGGGUAUGCUGAGCCCAUUGUUUCUAGAACCAACAGUGCUGAAGAUGGUGGAGUCCCAGUGGGUGGCAUUUCUAGGAGCAAUAGUAGGGCAAGCAGCUAUGUCUCAGGUGGUAGCCGUUCUAGAAUCCAGAAUGAUAGUAGCCUUGGAAAUGAAGGGUAUGCUGUGCCCAUUGUUUCUAGAACCAACAGUGCUGAAGAUGGUGGAGUCCCAGUGGGUGGCAUUUCUAGGAGCAAUAGUAGGGCAAGCAGCUAUGUCUCAGGUGGUAGCCUUUCUAGAAACGAGAAUGAUAGUAGCCAUGGAAAUGAAGGGUAUGCUGAGCCUACUGUUUCUAGAACCAACAGUGCUGAAGAUAGUGGAGUCCCUAGCAUAUCUAGAAGUCAUAGUGGGGCAAGCAGCUACAUCUCGGUUAACAGCCCUUCUAGAAGCUACAGUGAUGAAAAGGAAGCCCAUGACAGCCAUGGAAGUGAAGGUUAUGCUGAGCCUGCGGUUUCCAGAAGCAACAGUGCUGAAGAUGGUGGAGUUCCAGUUGGUGGAGUUUCUAGAAGCAGCAGCAAGGCCAGCAGAGAUGGCUCACAAGGUGGUUCUUUUAGAAGCAGGAGUGGAGGCUUUGCAGACACUGUCUUUAGUAGGGCCCGCACUGAAGGUACACAAGAGGGCAACCUUUCUAGAUGCUCCAGUGGUACUAAUGCAACCUUUAUAGAAAGUAGUGUUUCUAGAAGUCAUAGUAGUGGAGGCAGAGGCAUCUCGGAGGGUAGUCUUUCCAGAAGCCAAAGCAGCAACAGUGGAAGAUUUGUAGGUGGUGGCCUUUCAAGAGACCACAGCAGUGAAAGCAAAGAAAGUCAUAGUGAUGCAAGUGGAAGGUUGGUAGAUGAUCACAGAUAUAGUGAGGCCCAUGAAAUUGUCUUAGAGUCUGGUCUUUGUAGAAGUACAGAAGCCAAAGGUGAUAGUUUUGCUAGAAGUCACAGUGGAGAGAGUGGAGGCCCUGUGGAGACAUCAACUCCUAUUUGGAUUCACAGAAGAAGUGGAGAUGCUAUAGAGCCAAGCUUUUCUAGAAGCCACAGUGGAGAAAGUGGGAGCUUUAAACCAGCUGAUUUUUAUAGAAGCUCCAGUGAAGUAAGCAGAGGUGCCUCAGAGGCUAGUCUAUCUAGAAGCAGUAGCAAAGAACCUGAAAAUAUUCCAGAGGGCACAGUUUCUAGAAGCUACAGCUAUAGAUGUGCAGUUAUUUCACCCCCUAAUUUGUCUAGAACUGAAAGCGAAGAUGCUCCAGAAAGCAGCCACAGCUCUGAAAAAGAAAAUGUGCCAGAAGUUAGUCUCUCUAGAAGCUACAGCGGCAGAAGUGAAGAGGGCCCAGUGGAUAACCUGUGUAUAAGCCACAGUGGUGGACAUGAAGGCUUCCUAGAAAUUGGACCUUUGGUGGAAGGAGGCCUUUCCAGAUCCCAAAGUGAUGAGCCAGCAGUUGGGAUCCCUGUCUGUAUGGUCUAUGAAUUUAGCUCUGAUGAACACCACCACCUUCCAACUGGUGAAGUAUGCUACUAUGUUGAGACUGGCUCUAUGGAGUAAGUGUCCCAGGAGCACAUGACUGGGAUCCAGAUACCUUCUUCUAGAAGCCUCAUUCCAUCCAUUGACUCAUGGUCCACAGAUGGAAAUCCACAUUAAGCCUUACAUUACUGAGGUUAACAGCUGGAAAUAAGACUCCACCAGGUGGCAACGAAACCUUCCUUGUCUCUUAGGGUGUGUGGGGGUCAAGUUCACAGAGUAGUAUUCUCUGUGGUGAGGGAAAACUAGUAUUGGAGUUAUAAUACCAGCAUUACCUAUUAGAAGAACCUAGAAGCCAACGGAAUCGUCUUUUGACUUAUAUUAUAAACAGUGCCCUUUCCACCUUCUUUCUUUUACUCAUACUCAAAAAUAAUAAUAUGUAGAUUAAAUUAUUUCUGGGUUUUUUGAAAUACAAGUGUUGCGCAGCAAGGGAUUUUUGUGUGUGUGAAAUACAACCAGUGGGGGCAUGUCACUGCUCCUCUUCUGGCUGCUUUUAGGGACACCAUUUUGAGUUUUUCUGCUGGAUUCUUAAAGGCAGAGCAUCCCCCCCCCCCAAGUUCCUCAGAAGGCUCUGGAAAACUAAAAUAUGUAUCUCACAAGUCAUGUCAUGGUUGGGCCUUGUCUUGCUAAAAAUGUGUUAAACAUGUGUGUGUUUUUAAAUAGGCCCAUGUUGCACUUCAUACACUUCAGUUGUCUACAGUUUUUUGCUUGUGAGCUAUUUCCCCACUCUUGCGUACAGAUAAGCACAUGUCACAUAGGGUCUAAACUUGUCCCCAUCUGGACAAGACCUAGUGUAUAACGGAUGUAGAAUUUUGUUCUUCCAUCCCAGUUAUUCAGAGUGCCUGCCAGUUGCAUGAGACAAUAGCACAAACUUUUAUUCCCUUGCACUCCUAAAGCAGAAUGUGAGCAUAUACAAUCUCCAGGUUAGAUGCCAUGAAACUCCUGGUGCAAAAUAGAUGCAAAAUUAGUGUUUGUAACCAUGCUGCCAUUAGGAAUAUGAACUUAAUUUGUUCUGGAGGUCCGUUCUUAAUCUGAGGUACCACUUUAGCUAAUGGGGCCUCCCGCUGCUGCCGCACCGCCAGCGUGCGAUUUCUGUUCUCAUCCUGGGGCAAAGUUCUCAACCCGAGGUACUACUUCCAGGUUAACGGAGUCUGUAACCCGAAGUGUUUGUAACCCAAGGUGUUUGUAACCUGAGGUACCACUGUAGCUGGUAAGGAAUUGCCUAUUUGUAUUCGCUUUGAGAGAGCACCAUAAGAGCCAGACAAAAAGAAAGUGAAGUACAGUCAUACGUCGGGUUGCAAAUGUGAUCCGUCCAGGAGCCGCAUUCUCCACCCGCAGUAUUCGCAACCCGCAGCGCCGCGUCUGUGCACGCACGUGACGCGAUUCGGCACUUCUGCGCAUGCGCAUGAUGUCAUUUUGUGUUUCCGGGACUUCUGGGUUUGGCGCGGAGCGCAACUGUAAACACGUAACCCGCAGCGUUCGCAACCCGAGGUAUGACUGUAAAGCAGGCAUCCCCAAACUGCGGCCCUCCAGAUGUUUUGGCCUACAACUCCCAUGAUCCCUAGCAAAAGGACCAGUGGUCAGAGAUGAUGGGAAUUGUAGUCCAAAACAUCUGGAGGGCCGAAGUUUGGGGAUGCCUGCUGUAAAGCAAAGAAGGUUCAGCUCAGUGAUUCUUAGCAUAAAUUUAGGGCUAACUGCCUACCCAAACAUAGUCACAUGCUAGCAUGUUGUAGAUUCAGGGAACAAUGGAGUAGGUAGGUAGGCAGAACUUUGCAUGUCUAUAUGAGCUUAGAUAGGUGUUGGUGUAAUGACUAUAGAUAGGUGUUGGUGUAGUGUUUUGUUUUGUUUGUUUGUAUCAGCAAGUUGUAAAGCUGAACAUGUGUACAUCCAGGGACUGUGGAGCCCAGUGAUUAGAGACUGAGCAGUUAACUUAAGCCUCAUUGUUUACUUCAGCUCCACUGCUGCUGCAAUGGCACCAUUCCAUUGCCCCUCUAUUUCUGCUUAUGGAUUGGACUAGACAAAGUGACAGAAGCUGAUCAUAAUUAAGCCUGGAAUCCUGUGCACCCUUACCUGGCAGUAAGACCCAGUUGGACUUACUCAUGAGUAGGCAUGCAUAGGAUUGCACUUGCAAAUAUAGAUGAAUAUAUUCUUUUUUAAAAAGAAAAAACCCCAAACAAAUUAAAAACAAUAUGCACAUGAUAGUUAAUCCUAGUUGGUCAAGGAGGAAAAUAUUUAGGCAGUGAUUACUAACUCAGAAGAGGUCCUGUGAAAGUAAUGUCAAGAAAACUGAGAAGAAUGUGGAAAAUUACAAGGGGGAAAGAGAGAGAGAGAGAGAGAGAGAGAGAGAGAGAGAGAGAGAGAGAGAGAGAGAGAGAGAGAGAAGGCGAAGGCAGGAGGCUGACUGUGGAAUGUGAAGUGAGGAUUAUCUCCAAAGAAAGAGAAAAUGGGACCUUUCCAGUUUGCCUUGAUCACAAGUCAAGGACAUGAGCAAUGAAACGUAUUGGCCCAUUUCUCAGGUGAGGAUUUUGCUGCAGGUGUACACAUUGCAUAUGAAAGUCAGCUGUUAAAGUAAAAGACAAUUAUCAGAUCUGAGGUUAGGUGCUAUUCUCGUAGGAUAUUUAUUAGUAUUUGCCGAGAUGAUACCAUUAGCAUUACUCAUAUAUUUUGUAUAACUUAUUUUGGUUCUUCUUAACUUAAGGCUUAGUUUUUCCUUUGUUUGCAACUAAAUAUAUAUCCUAUAGGGGGAGCAUUUCUACACACUGGGGGCAAACUUUGCCAUCAACCUGCACUCCUGCAACCUUAUUGGUAUUGGAUCUUGAUAGGCUUUGUGCCACAGCCCAUAAUGGGCAUUGAACAGGCCAAUGAGACCACAAUUGAUUUUUCCCAAUGAAAAUUUCUAGGUCAGUGAAGACACCAAUCUUACGCCAUGUUGUGGAAGGGGAACAUAGUUAAUACAGGUGUUGCAUAUUUUUUGCUCUAAGAGGAGUUGGAUAGAUGCAACAGCUUACUAAAAAGAGGAUGUUGACCUCCAGUGUUUGGCAGUUUUAAAAGCACACUGGGCUGGAGACUGGGGAGUUCAAAUUUCACAGCCACUAACCUGUGCAGUGAAAUCUGUUGCCAGAUUUGGGUUU